UAUCUUGCAGAGACACCUGUUUGUUCCAUUUUAGCGGAGACUAAUUGUGCGUAUUUCUCGUCCAUCCACCCCGGAUCGCUGCUCAUUUUGGUGAACGAUGAUGCAAAUGUAGCGAACUUCAUCGUUUUGAGGCCCUGCCUAGUAUAGCUUUUUAAGUCGAGUACAGAGUAUACAGUAUAUAUUUAGCGAAUUGUUCUCGGUUGCAGCUCUUUGGCCACCAAGAGUACCUAGGAAGAUAGCCCGGUGUAGGACGGGAUGCAACCUAAAGCAAGUGUCUAGCGGCACACUUGAGUGUACUUUUACGAUUCUCAACUGGCAAGGUAGAAGAGAUUUUGUUGAUUUUCGCCACUCAACACAUGAAUUUUGAGAAAAUCCCUGAUCGUGGGAAAAUGUCUGCUGCUUUAGCGUGGGCAAAGGGAUUUGUGAACUGAGCUGAGAGAGCUAGCUAGUUAGUUAACUAACUAUAGCCUAACCAGCCCAUUGUCAAAAGUUUGUUGAGUGCUGCUUCCAGACGGGAGAUUCGUUCGCGCUGACCAGAGAUGAGAGGUUUAAUUGCUGUUAACUACUCCGUAAGUUACUCCGUAGGUUAAUGGUAGUUAACUAGGCAGGGCAGGAUAACGGCCAGGUUGCUUCUUGUCAUCAACCAUAACGCCAGACAACAACAGGCUGCCGUUGCAGAGGCUAGUAAGAGAGUUUCAACAGACUUUCAGGGCUUGGAGCUCCUACAACGUAGUAACUAGUUCGUUGAACCCUGGCCUUGUUUCUUGUCGGUGGCGGGCCAAGCGAUGAGGGCAUAGUAAUAGUUAUCCAGGAUGUCAACCUUGCUGCAUUGGGACUGAGCACCCCUCCGCGGCUUCAUCUCCGUCUUCUUCCUCUUCCCCUUCCCCCUCCCCCUCCCUCCCCCCAACCUGUCACCUUCGCUCUUCAGUUCCUCUUCUGCUGGCUAUUGUUCUUGAUCAUCCAUCCCGUUCUCAAUGAUGCUGUGACCACACGAAGAUUGAGGUGACUGACUGGCUUUGUACUGCUCGCGAUCGCACGGCAAGCUUUAGUGCAACUGAACCCCGCCUCGAGUGUACUCCAGCUCCAUAUUCCCCGCAGCCAACGUUCGUUGCGCAUAUAUACAAAGUUCAUUUCAUACGUCUUGUGCUUUAUUUGGUGCCUAUACCCUAUAUUACUCCAUUUCACCCUUUUAUCCUCAUCUUUUUUGGCUGGACCGUCGGGUAUGUACAUGUACAAUCAUGUCCGACCACAAUAGUCCCGAUAUGCCCAAACGGGACAUCAAGAAUCAUGUGCUGUUUGAAAUUGCAACUGAGGUCGCCAAUCGAGUUGGUGGAAUAUACUCUGUCCUCAAGUCCAAGGCGCCGGUUACUACAGCAGAGUAUGGCCAAAGAUACACGCUCAUCGGCCCUCUGAAUCGUGCAUCGGCUGUCGUCGAAGUCGAAGAACUUACGCCCUCCGACCCCCAUCUUAUCGAAACUAUGACCUCGAUGAAGGAGCGGGGGAUUGAUAUGAUGUAUGGACGGUGGCUUAUUGAGGGUGCGCCAAGGGUGCUUCUGAUCGAUACGGGUGCGGGAUACAAAUAUCUGGACGAGUGGAAGGGUGAUCUUUGGAAUGUGGCGGCCAUCCCUUCUCCGGCAGAGGAUAGUGAAACGAACGAAGCUAUCGUGUUUGGCUAUUUGGUCGCUUGGUUCCUUGGUGAAUAUAUUUCAAGAGACAGAAGGAGGGCAGUUGUCGCGCAUUUUCACGAAUGGCUAGCUGGCGUUGCCCUCCCCUUGACCAAGAAACGACAUAUGGACGUCACAACAAUUUUCACCACCCAUGCAACCCUGCUAGGCAGAUAUUUAUGCGCUGGAUCUGUCGACUUUUACAACAAUUUGCAAUUCUUCGACGUUGAUGCGGAAGCAGGCAAAAGAGGUAUAUACCACCGAUACUGCAUCGAGCGUGCUGCGGCGCAUUCGGCAGAUGUUUUUACUACGGUGUCGCACAUCACAGCGUUCGAGAGCGAGCAUCUGCUGAAACGCAAGCCGGAUGGCGUCUUGCCGAAUGGGCUCAACGUGAAGAAGUUUUCUGCGGUCCACGAGUUCCAGAAUCUUCAUUCCAAUUCCAAAGAUAAGAUUAACGACUUCGUCCGUGGCCAUUUCUACGGACAUAACGAUUUUGAUCUUGACAAUACACUAUACUUCUUCACCGCAGGCCGUUAUGAAUAUCGGAACAAGGGGGUAGAUAUGUUUAUCGAAUCCCUUGCCAGGCUAAAUCAUCGACUGAAAACAGCAGGAUCCAAUGUAACGGUGGUAGCAUUCAUUAUCAUGCCUGCGCAGACAUCGUCGCUCACGGUUGAGGCCCUGAAGGGACAAGCGGUUGUGAAAUCGCUUCGCGAUACAUUAGAGAUGGUCGAGAAGGGGAUUGGAAGGCGACUAUUCGAGCGCUGCCUCAGCUGGAAGGAAGGGGAUAAUAUGCCCGAUGAGAAAGAUUUAAUAACCAACCAGGACCGAGUGCUUUUGCGCCGUCGAUUGUUCGCAAUGAAGCGGCAUCAACUCCCCCCCAUCGUGACGCAUAACAUGGUUAACGAUGCCGAUGACCCUGUGCUAAACCAGCUGCGUCGCGUUCAACUCUUCAAUCAUUCUUCUGACCGUGUCAAAGUUGUGUUCCACCCCGAAUUCCUCAAUUCUUCCAAUCCGGUCUUGCCUCUUGACUAUGACGAUUUUGUCCGCGGUACGAAUCUAGGCGUUUUCCCGUCAUACUAUGAACCUUGGGGUUAUACACCUGCAGAAUGCACAGUUAUGGGGAUUCCCAGCAUAACCACCAACCUGUCCGGAUUCGGAUGCUACAUGGAGGAAUUAAUAGAGAACUCUUCGGAUUACGGUAUCUAUAUCGUCGACCGCCGCAUGAAGGGUGUAGAUGAUUCUGUCAAUCAACUUACGAACUAUAUGUUUGAAUUCGCGUCCAAGAGUCGUAGACAACGCAUCAACCAGCGGAACAGGACGGAGCGACUAAGUGAUCUUCUGGACUGGAAGCGUAUGGGUAUGGAGUAUGUUAAGGCUCGACAGCUGGCGCUUCGAAGAGCAUAUCCAACUUCUUUUGAUCCCUCAGAAGAUUUCAGUGAUAUAAUUGGAGGCACUGAACAGAAGAUUUCCCGCCCGUUUUCAGUACCCGGUUCCCCAAGAAGCCGGACGGGGAUGAUGACGCCUGGCGACUUUGCUUCCCUGCAGGAGGGCCGUGAAGGCCUCAGUACCGAGGACUAUAUCGCCUGGAAGUUACCUGAGGAAGAAGACGCAGAAGAUUACCCAUUCCCACUUGCCUUGCGGAAGAAGGGCGCACCUGUCGAGCAACCACACUCGCCGGACAGGGAGGUAGCUACUAACGGCGACGUUUAAAGAUUACGACAAGACGAAUGACUGUGACGAUGAAGACUGAUUUAACUCAGAUAUAUCUUUAUUUAACCUCACUCUGUUCUUUUUCUUUUUUGUUGUUGUUGUUGUUGUUGUUUGUUUUAGUUUUUCAUUUUCAUUUUUUGAAACUUGAUUUUGGAUGUAUCUCUCGUGAAAGGAGUCGUUGAUAUCAUAUGCUUCUCGUUCACCUUCCGUUUCUUGCCUCUUUCCUUCAAUUUUUGUACUUGUGUAUAUGCUAUCCUAUAUUAUAUCUAUUUAGUUAUGUGUGUUCGUUACUAUAUAUACGAAUGCAUGUGUAUAUUUGCGAUGUCAGUUGCAAUCCUACUAUUUCCCCCUUCCUUGUUGUUCUUGCCUUUUUGUCAGCUUCUUUUAGCUUUUAUUUCUGGCUCCAAUUCGUCUAGAAGCGAAGACAUUUUUACCAUAUCCGCAUCGCAUGUCCGCCAAACAACCUGAUUUUUUCUUGCCUGUCUACAUCGCUGAUGAUCUGUGUCUUAGUUUUUUCUUCUUAUUUCACCUUGCAUAAUACCGAUAGUGGUAUAGAAUCUCAGUUUCGUCACCAUGCGCUAAAUCAUAUAUUCAAUUACUUACAGCUGGAUAUUGAAAUAGGGCACUCAAUCGUGGAUUAAGAGAGGGGCGCUGGUGAAGACUACGUGGGACGAAACAGGAAGAGACAGAUUAAACAGAAAUUCCUGGUGAGCUACGUGUAUGAAUGUAUAGUACAUCGUUCAGCAGAAGGGACUUAUUCAAACUAUGAAGCAACCCGAUUUCAUCGACUUGUCUCCGUCUCCGCCAGAAACUUCAUUUAAAAAUCAGCAAGCGAAAAAUUUUCUCCAAGAUCCCUCUUCCCAAAAGUCGACACAGCCCAAUAAUAAAUAUCAGCAAUAUCCUUGCAAUUCUCCUCCUUCUCCUUGUUCUUCUCCUUCGCACACUCUUUAUACAAAUCACUGCGGAACAACUUAUCAAUCUUCUUCUUGUUGGCCUUCGAGAAGCGGCCUUGGGCCUUGUAGUUGCGAUAGCCGAAAUCGUGCCUGUAGCAGCUGGGGAGGAAGUUGAAGCCCGGCUUAUCUGGGGACUUGGAGCAGCCGUCUGAGCGCCAGUUUAGCGAGGAGGGCCUCUUCUUGUUGCGUGCUGCUGUGAAUUGGGCCAUAGUUGAGGAGAAGAGGAGUCGGUCUGUGGCUUGCCGGGGGGUUUCUGCUCUCGCGGUGAGGAUUGAAAGAUCACCACCCGCGGGAGCCGCCGCAGUGGGGGCGGAGAGUGUGAAGGCGCCCAUUGAGCAGAGGGUGAGGAGGAAUGUGGUCUUCAUAGUUGGUAUGUCCCUUCUAUACAAAUCGGGGAAUAUGUGCGAAAAGUGGGAAUCCGCGUGUAUCAAAAAGUCAAUAUAGAUAGUUAUAUCGGUAUGUAUACCUGGCAGACGGCACGAAAAGAUACAUAUUUUCUCGUGAGGACCAGGCGAAGCAGGCCCUUAUUAAAUAACUCUCUGCCACUUGGUGCCUCGUCUUCAGCACCCUCCGUCCUCCUAUCAGCUGGGAUUCACGAGUUUCGCAAAAACCAGGCAUGCUGAUCAGUGAUCAGUGACUGGCUUGGACACCAGGCCCAGCAAACGCCCCAUGCGGGUCAUGCCACUUAAUCUGCCAUUUUGCGGUGGGAUCUUCAGAUCGUGUUGUCUCUUGACGAUUCGUCCGCAGUUGCCAGUUGCGCAGCAUGGAAUGGAUGGAACAUCCUAGUUUAGUGAGGGGGAGUGCGGGAGGAGUUCGUGAUUCUUGAUUCUCCCUCCGCAGCAAGCCAGCGAAAUAUGGUGUUAUGAUUGGAACAAGUCCUCAAGUUCCCCUCUCGUGUUUGGCCUGCAGAUUGCGAAAAGCAGACAGGGCUCAGGCACGCUAAAGCUUAGUUAAUUGGUUUAGGGCGGUUUCAUAAUUUAUGCUUACUUUCCCGGCAUUUUCGAGAGGAAUCAGAAGAUUGUGAUUCUGGAUUCUAAGAGCAGAAAGAAGCGCUCUGAUACACCACUCAGGCACGUUAUUUAGCUAAUACUACUCUUUUCACCCUAGAUAGAGGGCAUAAUCUCAUGCAACGCUACCAUUUCUGAGGCGGGAAAAAAGGAAAACAACGGUUCGAUGGAACAUGCUCCACCCACUCCUCUGGCUCAGCCAAAAAGUCAUCUCCCCCAAACAUCGCGGACGGAAUACAAUGCUGCCGCUAACAAUCUUUCGCUCCAUGAAGAGAGCUACAAGAUACAUAUCCAAACAGGCAGCCAGAUGGUUUCCUCAGCAGGUUCUUUCCACUCACUCCUACGAUGCCCGUGGUCCAGCAAGCAUGUUGUUCGCACGACUUGUGUACUAACUGAAAAUGGGUUAUGGCCCAUGAUGAUGGUACCUCAUCGACAAUGAAUUGACCCGAUGGGCAUACAUACCUUCAUUCUCUUUUCCUUGAGAUAUCUGACCUCCAGUCCAGUUCACUUCUGAAAUAGCCAAUGCGUGCCAAUAUUUCACAUGUUCCCGGCACCGCCCUCACUGAUAAUGAGGCCACAGCUCUGCAACUAGCACAAAUGGCUAGAAACUCACUCGAACUACCCGCUAUUGGCAGGUUUGUGUCCCAAGUAUUGAGUACCUAAGUAGCAGGGCUCCCAUUUGCUCUUCGAGCUGCAGCUUGCUUUGAUAUCGAUUGAGCCAGCCUUUGGGCGCAUCCGUAUAGCACUUACAUCCGUACCAAGCAGGCAGUCAGCGUAUCUCCAUAGAUACUCCUUCUUGCACACAAAUAUACCUUAAAGCUCUAUUAUGUACUGCUUAGUCUGAGGGUUUUCGCAAACAUAUAAUUUCAAAUCCAAUUUCGGCCUUUGCCCGCCCAUUUUCUAUCCAGGGGGGAAGAUAUAGACGUUGCAUUUAUCAUCUGCCUAGAAGCGGUUAGUUACACCGAUGACUGAAGAUUUCAUCACCUCAUGUGUCACAAACGUUCCACUUCUCGUUGAGAAUCGAUCCCUUGCAUCGAUCCGCAGAUCAAGAACGGGGGAGGUUGGUACGAAUAUUGAGUUAGCGCACCUUUAUAUUUUAGGAAAAGCAAGAACAAACGGCCUUCCAAAAAUGAUGUCCCGUAUCCGGGGCAUCUGAUUGGAUUCCACUUCGUAUACUCCGUUCCCACCUGUCAAAAAGCGGCUGUGCUACGGCUCAACGGCGGUUUUCUCGAAACCACCUCGUAUUUCGCUGAGUUACACUUGCACAACGUAGGCCCGAGUUCUGGCUGGGUGCGCAAUCCUGUCCGCAUUAGUGAGGUAUUUGUUUCAGGCGAGUUCAUUGGUUUGUCAAGUUUUUUGUUUCAGGAACAAGGAGCUGAUCUCGAGUCAGAAUCAUGUGGCGUUUGUGAGAGGGGAGUGCGGGGGAUUUUUAUUUUAUUUUCUGCAGGGCGAUGGGCGGAGAUUGCGCGUUAUUAGCUUAACUGCUACUGCCCGAGCAAAGGGUUAUAGCAAAGAUGGUGGAUAUCUGAACAACCGAGGAUCAAGAAAAGAGUUGGCGCUAGGGCGGCAUAACAUUGGAAUCUUUGUUCUAAGCUUUUCGCUCUGAUUGAGCGUGUGAACAAUGCCAACACAAUAAUCGGAAGUCAAAAUGCGGGCUGGGAAUUGUCAACAGAAGGACAAAGCAAUGGCCCCUGUCUAACUAAAAGAAAAACAAAUCUAUUUGUCACGCUUAUAGAUUUUGGCAAGGAAAGAUUCGAAAACAGCCUUCUUCAGACCCUCUGAUUCGUCAAGCUUCGCGAUCAUGCCCCGGAUCUUGCCAACCUGUUCCUCCUCGAAGUCACGAUAGACUUGCUGCAGGUUAAGCUCGUUGAAAACAAUUUUAACCUUAGCCUCCAUGGCCGCGUCCUUUCGACCAUACGACUCGUCGAGAACUUUACGCUGCUCCGCAGAGCACCGCUUCAAGGCCUGGUUGACCACCCAGGAGCACUUGUUAUCCUGGAUAUCAGUGCCAAUCUUGCCGAUCUGCUCCGGUUUGCCGAACACGUCCAGAUAAUCGUCCUGGGCCUGGAAGUACUGGCCAAGCGGGAUAAGGAUAUCGUGCGCCUGGCGCAAAUUGGACGGUGUUGCGAGCUGGAGGUAGUGUAGCGCAAGCACAACGGGCAGGUAGAAGCUAUAGUACGCGGUCUUGUAGAUGACGAUAAAGUUGAAUUUAUCCAUACUGAAGUUGUUGAGGUCCACAUUGUAUUCAGGGGCGGUGAGCAGGUCGCAGAGCUGGCCCAGCUCGGUUUGGAAGGUGACUUCGUGGAAUAGUUCCAGGAAGUCAACGUAUGCGGGGUGCGAGCGGAAGUGCUUCUUGAGGAGGACAUAGAUGGCGGCUUCGAGCAUGAAAGCGUCGUUGAUGGCGAUCAUGCCGACGUUUGGGCGGCGGUACCAGCAUGGCUCACCGCGUCGGGUGAUAGAGCUGUCCAUCAUAUCGUCGGAAACGAGGAAGAAGGCCUGGAGAAACUCUGUCAUCCAGCCAAGGGUGCAGAGAUGCUUGAAUUGUUCAUCGUUCAGGGGUUUUUCGAGCAGAGCGAGGCCAGUAUCUGGAACGGAGAGGCCGCGAUUCAGUUUCCCGCCAGGGGUAUUCGCAUUCAUAGACUAUUUUUUUUUAGUGUUGGGUAGAAUGGUUAGUGAGCAUUUCAAAGCUAGUAACAUAUAAGAAAAAGAAAAAAAAAAAGGGUCGAAAUACAAACGUUUUCAAACCAUUCCCGAGCAAUAGAGGGAAGUCC